AUGAGUAAGAAUUUUUCUGAUCUUCUUCGGGGUCUUAAAGCAGUGAUACUUAUAUUGGUGGUUCAAGCAGCACUUGGUGGAGUAAUUGUCUUCUAUAAGUUGGCUGUGAUUUACGGUAUGAGCGUGAGGGUAUUGGUCGCUUACAGAUUUAUCUUCGCCACUGCUUGUGUAAUUCCACUUGCAUUGAUAUUAGAAAGGAAGAGUAAAGCAAAACUGACAUGGAAGAUAGUGUUCCAAGGGUUUUUAUCGGGGCUAUUUGGGGGAGCACUGGGACCGAAUUUAUUCAUUGCGAGCUUAUCCUUAACAUCUGCAACAUUUGCUACAGCCGUGUCCAACUUAGUUCCUGUUGCUACAUUAAUCUUGGCCGUUAUCUUAAGGUUGGAGAGAUUGGGAAUAAGAACGCUGGCAGGACAAGCCAAGUUGGUGGGCAUUUUCUUGAGCAUAGGUGGAGCAAUGAUUAUUACAUUUUACAAAGGAGAAGAGAUAAACCUUUGGUCAACCAACAUAAACCUAGCCAAACAUAGUGGAGAUCAUGCAACAGGGAAACAUGCUUUGCUUGGCAAUCAAGUGUUAGGUUCCUUGUUGGCUCUAGCGGCGUGCGUAUCUUUUGCAAUUUGGUAUAUAAUUCAAGCCAAGAUCAGUGAAAAUUAUCCUUACAUAUAUUCAAGCACCGUUUUGAUGUGCAUCGCAGCAUCAGUUCAAGCAACAAUUUAUACCAUAAUUGCUGAGAGGAACUGGUCUGCGUGGAAGCUUGGCUGGAAUAUUAGGCUUCUAAGCGCUGUUUACACGGGAGCCAUUGGUACAGCACUAACGGUUGUUCUUAUGACUUGGUGCUUGCGGUCGAGGGGGCCAUUAUUUGUAUCCAUCUUCAACCCUUUUACACUAGUAUUUGUAGCCAUUGUUGGAUCUUUGAUCUUGAACGAGAGGCUAAAUAUAGGAAGCAUUUUAGGUUCAGUGCUCAUAGUUAUAGGGGUAUAUGUUGUAUUAUGGGGAAAAGCCAAGGAGAAGAAGGGUUCGGCCCAACUAGCACUACAAGAAUAUCCAGCGGAGUCUGAGGCCGUGGACGCUGUCAUAAGUUCAUUGCAAGAUACGCAUCAAAUUUGUGAUACAAACAAGGAAUCUCAUCCUAGUUAA